AUGCUGUUUCUGCAAGCUGUUCUACUGCUACUAGCCCUGCCCGAUGGUGACACCGUAACCGAAGAGCCUGUGGUCCUGCCCUCCCCACCCAAAGAAGGUUGUGCUGGUUGGAUGGCAGGUAUCCCAGGACAUCCUGGCCACAACGGAACUCCAGGCCGAGAUGGCAGAGAUGGCAAACCUGGAGAGAAGGGUGAAAAAGGAGAUCCAGGUCUUAGUGGUCCUAAGGGUGACUCUGGAGACACUGGAGUGACUGGAGUUGAAGGACCCCGAGGCUUUCCAGGAAUUCCAGGCAGAAAAGGAGAACCUGGAGAAAGUGCUUAUGUAUACCGCUCGGCAUUCAGCGUGGGCCUGGAAAACAGAGUCGCUGUUCCCAAUGUUCCCAUUCGCUUCACCAAGAUCUUCUACAACCAGCAAAACCACUAUGAUGGUACCACUGGCAAAUUUCACUGCAACAUUCCUGGGCUGUACUUCUUCACCUAUCACAUCACAGUCUACCUGAAGGAUGUGAAGGUCAGCCUUUUCAAGAAGGACAAGGCGGUGCUCUUCACCUAUGACCAGUACCAGGACAAGAAUGUGGACCAGGCCUCUGGCUCUGUGCUUCUGCAACUAGAAGUGGGUGACCAAGUCUGGCUCCAGGUAUACGGAGACGGGGAGCAGAAUGGGCUCUAUGCAGAUAAUGUCAAUGACUCCACCUUCACAGGCUUCCUUCUCUACCAUGACACCAACUGA